AUGAUUGUGAGCAUUAAAACAGUCCCGUCAAGGCGACAAACGAGGAGGAAGAGGAGGAGCAGAAGGAGGCAGGAGGAUGAGCAGGCAAAGCAGGAGGUAGAGGAGGAGGAAAAGGAGGAGCAGGAGGAGGAGGAGGAGGAUCAGGAGGAGGAGAAGCAGGAGGAGGAGGAGGAGGAGGAGGAGGAGCAUGAAAAGCAGGAGGUAGAGGGGGAGGAGGAGCAGGAGGAGGAGAAGCAGGAGGAGGAGGAGCAGGAAGAGCAGGAGGUAGAGGGGGAGGCGGUGAGUGUUGGAACGAAGGAUUUACUGGAGGAGGAGGAGGAGGAGGAGGAGGAGGAAAUGGUGGUGGUGGUGUGGAGAGGUGUUUGA